AUGGCUCUGGUGCAGAGCCCGGCAGUUCUCUCGCAAAUCAGAGUUGCGAGGAGUUUUUCGGAGCAAGCUGCCUCCCUUCGAGCGAUAAGGGAUGAAAUAAUCGGCCAUGACCGGCGGAAGGAGUGGUGGGUGCAAAAUGGCAUCUUGGAGCUUCUCGUCAAAUUCCUAGAAAACAAUGUCCAGUCACCAAGGUUGAGCGGCAAAGAACGCAGUGGAGCAGGGCAGUCUGGGCCGCUGGGAGAAGGUGAAGUGGUGCGGCUGCUGUCUCUCCAACUUCUUGCCAGCUUUGCAUACGCUGGCGCCGCAUUCCUUGGCGCUCUCCAUGCUGCCGGCGUGGUCCCGGCCAUCAUACCGGCAAUAUCUCCUGAUUAUAAUCCUCCCCAGGUUGUAUUAGCCGCACUACGGGUCCUGCACAACAUCACGGCCUCCGCCCGCCUCGCACCUACCGCGGCGGACGGUACGAGCGGUCUAUCAGAAGUCAUAUUCGCUCCUCGCACGCUUGACCAACUACGCUGUAUUCUUUACGACGAAAGGACAGACGCUACGGUACAAGAGCAGAAGCGCUUGAUAGCCAGGCUAAUAAGUCAGUUGUGUAAAUGUGCCCACCAUCGAAAGGCGCUGGCCGAUUCGGGUAUCUUGGAUUCGCUCGCUACGAUGCUUGCGAGCUUCGUCGUAGCCAGGGGGGAAGUUGUGCCGAGAGCCGAGAUACUAGCGCAGAGCGACGGUCUGACGUUCGAAAUACCAGAUCCUGCCCCUCCUGGCGCCGAUCUUGCGCUGGUUCUCGAGGCACUGUCAACUAUCAUCGCGAACUCGCGGUUUUGCUCAUGUCUUUUGUUGUGUUCCCCAGCAAUCAUGGCCAUCUUCCCCUCAGCCGAGUUUGUGCCUCUUGCUUCGGAAUCAAAGGCCGCCUGGAAUGCGCUCGAGAUGAGCGGCUUUGGCAAUACUCGCGCCAGGAACCCCGGAGCGAUGGACUAUCUGCUUCCGGCCAUCGCUGUGCCAACAACCAGAUCUCAGUCGGGUCGCUUUGCCGAGUAUCCGCCCUUGGGCGUCUCCUUAUCGCGCGACAACCUUGCCUCGAGCACGCGAUCUUCCACCUUCAAGUUCACGGGCUGGGAAUCGAGUCGAUUCGAUGGUGCUUCUGGAGAGGACGGCGACGCUGACGAGCCAGAGAGCCCUCUUAUUCCGUGGCUGAUUCAUCUCAUCCGGUCGACAGACGGCCUCGAGAGAGUCAUGGCCGCGUCCCUUCUGACAUCGUUGUUCAAGGCAGGUUUCGCCACUCCAGAGCGGGAACAGGCACUGGCCGUGCUCGUUGUCCCGCUCCUCUGCCGAAUGAUGAGGGAAAACGACCAGGAGGUCCGGAGCUCUGUUCAACACGCGGCGAUCGUCGAGCCGGAGAUCGCCAGGCGCUGGGCUAUUCAGGAGAAGGUGCCCGAGGUCUUGGCUCGCCUUGUUGGAGAGAGCGAGACACUGCAAAAGGCCGCCCAUGAUUGCGGCAUAAUCAAGACGGUGGCAAAGAUCCUGAAAGACUCGUACGAGUCGCCGCCAGUACAGUCACCUCCGCGGCCGUGGUCACCUACGCCCAAUCGAGGGACCGGCACCCAGGACGGUCCGCCUACGUGCCGAGUCGGGCCUGCCGGCCAAACUCCGGCCUAUGCUCAUACCAUAAAAAUGAGGGAGAACUCGCUAAAGCUUGUGGCGGGAAUGGCCACGCUCAGCAACGACUACCGGCAGGCGCUUGUCAAGGAGGGGGUCAUGGCAUACGUAGUGGAGUAUCUAUCGCCGUCUCUGAAGAAGUCCAUUAACGCCAAGGAGAAACCGACGACAGAGAGGGCCACGGAGGACGGAACGGGCGGCGCAACUUCGCCUGGCAGUCACAAUCCAAAUACAGUUAUCAUCGCAGCCUGCCAUGUAGUAAGGGCACUGGGACGAUCACCGAGCAUUUUGCGGACGACUCUACAGGAUCAUGACGUCGGGGUGCGUAUCAACGAGCUUGCCCGGCAUCCAGAUGCUGAGGUCCAGAUUGCCGCCUUGAGCGCGAUCAUCAACCUGGUGACAAACUGCAGCCCCAUGGUGGAGCCUCUUCUCGAGGCUGGAAUUGUCAGGACCCUGUGCGAACACGCGCACUCGCUCAAUCCUGGCUUGAGACUCAACGCGUUAUGGGCGCUCAAGCACUUGGUAAUGGACCUGGACAACACCCGCAGGAAGCAAUGUCUCGAAGAGCUCGAACCUGGCUGGCUCGUCCAGCUCAUAAGCGAUGACACAUCCGAAGAAGAAGCAUUGCACGUGCAAGGGCGAUCGGAACGACGGGCCACCGACGCAGGUGACGGCGAAGACAUAAGCACGGCUGAGGCCCGCUACGAAGACGACACGCACGGAUCCUGGACCUGGCCCGCCCUGAGCCGGAUUGCCCAGCGAACAAUCUCACCGCGGCUGCAGCAGACAUCCAUCAAACUCUCAGCGCUUCGCGACGCGGAGCUCAACCCGCAACGCAAAGCCCGCAACGACAGUCUCGCUAUACAAGAGCAAGGCCUCGGCUUCGUUCGCAACCUGAUCGCACUCCCCAACCUGUCCAGCCAGACCGACAUGGUCGACUACCUCUUCACCGAGCUGGGGCAGGACCGCCUCUUCGGUAUCCUGGCCGACAAGCUCAAGGUCCGCGUUGUCGGCGCCUUCAGCCGCCGCCUCAGCCGCGGGCGCGACACCCUCGUGCUGUACCCGCAGGCGCGCAUCGUCGAGAACCUGGCGUAUAUCCUCGCGCACAUCGCGGCGGGCCUGCCGCGGCACCGCCAGCUAGUCGUGGCGCAGACGGAGCUACUCAAGCUGCUGAGCGCGCAUAUGAAUAGUAAGGACAUCGGGGUCCGCAAGGCGCUGUGCCAGCUGUUUAUGAACCUGAGCACUGUGGAGAGUGACGGGGAGAGGGGCCCUUCCGCGCAGAGGGCGCUGGAGUUGGAGCGGCUGGGCUUCUUGGCCAAGUUGGAGGGGCUUGAGCAAGGGGAUGCCGAUCUGGAUGUCCGGCAGCGGGCGAAGGCUGCGGUGGCGCAGAUGAAGACGCCUACUUCGUAG